CGUUUUCGGCUCUUUCCCAGGAAUGAAAUCCGGGGUCAGUGACUCAGCUCCAUCCUGACCCAAAUCCAUGGAGACACCACCAGAAUUCCCCGGUUCCUGCUGAGCCUCCCUCCUGCCGUUUCCAGGGGAAUUUUCCGAGGACAGGAUCCAUGGGGAGCAGCGGCUCAGGGAGCGCGGGAUGCUUUUCCCGAUGGAUUUUCCCAUUCCUCCUCCUCUGCUGCUUCCAGGCGGCCAUGGGCCAGCGCCGGAGCCACGCGGAGGAUCGGCUCUUCAAGCGCCUUUUUUCGGGAUACAACCGCUGGUCCCGGCCCGUUCCCAACACUUCCGACGUGGUCAUCGUCCGCUUCGGGCUCUCCAUCGCCCAGCUCAUCGACGUGGAUGAGAAGAACCAGAUGAUGACCACCAACGUCUGGCUGAAGCAGGUAGGAGCUGCUCCCGACCUGGGAAUGGGAUUUGGGAAUGGGAUUUGGGAACGGGAUUUGGGAACGGGAUUUGGGGGUGUCUCCAUGGAUCUGCUCCGCGUGUCCCGGCAGGAGUGGAGCGACUACAAACUGCGCUGGGACCCGGCCGAGUACGACAAUGUCACGUCCAUCCGCGUGCCCUCCGAGAUGAUCUGGAUCCCGGAUAUCGUCCUCUACAACAAUGCCGACGGCGAGUUCGCCGUGACCCACAUGACCAAGGCCCACCUGCUCUGGGACGGCACGGUCACCUGGGUGCCGCCGGCCAUCUACAAGAGCUCCUGCAGCAUCGACGUCACCUUCUUCCCCUUCGACCAGCAGAACUGCAAGAUGAAGUUCGGCUCCUGGACCUACGACAAGGCCAAGAUCGACCUGGAGAACAUGGACCACCACGUGGACCUCAAGGACUACUGGGAGAGUGGCGAGUGGGCCAUCAUCAACGCCAUCAGCACCUACACCUCCAAGAAGUACGACUGCUGCACGGAGAUCUACCCGGACAUCACCUUCUACUUCGUCAUCCGGCGCCUGCCGCUCUUCUACACCAUCAACCUCAUCAUCCCGUGCCUGCUCAUCUCCUGCCUCACCGUCCUGGUGUUCUACCUGCCCUCGGACUGCGGCGAGAAGAUCACGCUCUGCAUCUCCGUGCUGCUGUCGCUCACCGUCUUCCUGCUGCUCAUCACCGAGAUCAUCCCGUCCACCUCGCUGGUCAUCCCGCUGAUCGGCGAGUACCUGCUCUUCACCAUGAUCUUCGUCACGCUCUCCAUCAUCAUCACCGUCUUCGUGCUCAACGUGCACCACCGCUCGCCCAGCACGCACACCAUGCCACGCUGGGUCCGGAGCUUCUUCCUGGAUUUGGUGCCGCGCUGGUUGUUCAUGAGGAGGCCGCCGGCGCUGCCGGUGCCGCCCGAGGGGACGGGGGGACAGUACGACCACCCUGGGGCGCGGCUCAGCACGUCCCGGUGCUGGCUGGAGACCGACGUGGAUGACAAGUGGGAGGAGGAGGAGGAGGAGGAAGAGGAAGAAGAGGGGAAGACCUAUCCUGGCCAUCCCAUGGAAUCCCAGGAGAGCCAGUUCCACUACAGGAAGGCAUCCGGGGGCUCAGCAUCGCAUGGAUCAUCCAAGGGGAAGGAUGAGGAGGAAGAGGAGGAGGAGGAGGAGAAGGAGGAUGAGGAGGAGGAAGGCUCGGAGCAGGGCUUGGCGCUGUCUCCCAGGAUGCUGAAGGCCCUGGAGGGGGUGCAGUACAUUGCGGAUCACCUGCGGGCCGAGGACGCCGACUUCUCCGUGAAGGAAGACUGGAAAUACGUGGCCAUGGUGAUCGACCGGAUCUUCCUGUGGAUGUUCAUCAUCGUCUGCCUGCUGGGCACCGUGGGGCUCUUCCUGCCACCCUACCUGGCCGGCAUGAUCUAGGAUCGGGCUGGGAAUGCCGGGAUCCAGCUGGGGAUGGCGGUGACCAUUGGGGGACGUGGAGCUGUGGAAAAGCUGCGAUGGGAAUGGAGGGUGGAGAAAGGGAUGCGGUGAGAGGGGGGCUGGGGGUAGUGGGGAGCAGCUGGAUGUGUCCAUGGACGAUGUGGGAUAUGGAUGUGAUCCUGUGAUCCCAUAAUUCCAUAAUCCCAUGAUCCCAGGAGAUUGUGGGACAGGGAUAAUGCUGUUGAUGUCUGUGCAGAAAGGAUACGGACAUGACCCCAUAAUCCUGUGAUCCCAUAAGUCUGUAAACCCAUGAUCCCACGGGAUUUUGGGACAGGGAUAAUGCUGUGGAUGGUCUGUGCAGAAGGGACAUGGACACGACCCCAUAAUCCCAUGAUCCCACAGUCCCAGGAGGCCAUGGGACAGCAAUAAGGCUUUGGAUUGUCCAUGCAGAAGGGAUAUGGGCAGGAUCCCACAAUUCCACCAUCCCAGGAGGUUGUGUGACAGGAAUAACCCUGUGGAUGGGUUGUGUAGAUGGGACAUGAUCCCAUGAUCCCACAAUCCCAGGAGGCUAUGGGAUAGCAAUAACACUUUGGAUUGUCUGUGCAGAAGGGAUCCGGACAUGAUCCCAUGAUCCCAGGAAUAUGUGGGACAGUGGUAAAGCUUUGGAUGGUCCAUGAAGAAUGGACACGGACAUGAUCCCAUAAUCCCAGGAAGUUGUGGGACAGGGGACAAUGCUGUGGAUGGUCUGUGCAGAAGGGAUGUGGAAUGAUCCCAUGAUCUCAAAAUCCCAAGAGGUCAUAGGACAGGAAUAACACUCUGUCCCAGUGCAGAAGGGACAUGGACAUGAUCCCAUAAUCCUAUAAUCCCAGGAAACUGUGGGACAGGGAUAAUGCUGUUGAUGGUCCGUGCAGAAGGUAUACAGAUACAAUCCCAUGAUCCCAUGAUUCCAAAAUCCCAAGAGGCCACGGGACAGGAAUAACACUUUGUCCCAGUGCAGAAGAGACAUGGACAUGAUCCCAUAAUCCUGUGAUCCCAAAAUCCUAAGAGGCCGUGGGACAGGAAUAACACUUUGGACCAUCCAUGCAGAAAGGAUACAGACAUGAUCCCAUAAUCCCACCAUCCCACAUUUCCAGAAGGUUGCAGGACAGGGAUAAUGCUUGUCCGUGCAGAAGGGAUAUGGACACAAUCCCAUGAUCCCAUAAUCCCAGAAGCUGUGGGACAGGAAUAACACCUUGGAUUGUUUGUGCAGAAGGGACACAGACAGGAUCCCAUGAUCCCAGGAUUCCAGGAGGUCGUGGGACAGAAAUAAGGCUCUGGAGAGUCCAUGGAGAAGGGAUACGGACACAAUCCCACAAUCCCAUGAUCCCACACUCCCAGAAGUUGUGGGACAGGGAUAACACUUUGGAUUGUGCGUGCAGAAGGGACAAUUUUGGGAAAUGAUCCCAUCAUCCCAUGAUCCCACCGUCCUAGGAGGUCCCUGCUCCUCCCAGGUGUUUCCCUUCUCCAACCCCCCAGAAAAAGCAGCUUCUCACCCCAUCCCACACCGGGAAGAUCCCACCUGGAAAUGGGGCUGAUUCCGACUGGAAAACCCACCUGGAGAGCGCCCAUGGAUCCCGGGAUCCUCAGGGCUGGAACAGCGGGAAUCUGCACCCCUGGGUCCAUGCCAAUCCUGCCCAUUCCACCUCAGAUCCCAAACCUCCUGGCUCUGACUCCUGCUGCAAUCUAGCUUUCCAUUCCCAACUUCCAUAAAUCCUCCAGGCACCUCAGAGCACCUGUUCCCUUUUUUCCAACACUUGGAGAAACUCUGGGAUUUUUUCCUGGUCUGUUUUCCCCCCUGGAGCAUGACCAGGAAGAUUUCAGGGAACGUUUUGUGCUUUCUGGAGUGAAACCAGCCGGAACUAACAGGACUGCAGGAGGACAGGCACAUCCCGAGGGUGUCCCUGACACUUCCAGAGCCUGCGGAGCUGGCAGACGGAUCAGGCGUGGGGACACGUGGGGGGAGUGUCCAAUCCUGGAUCCAGGAGCUCCCAGAUAUCCAGGGGAGGGAUCUCCUGGGAAGGUCACUGCUGGUUUGCUUGGGAGGAUGGGUUUUACCAGGCACUGGUAAAAUCUGGGAAUUACGGAAUUGGUGAGGUUGGGAAAGCUCUUGGACAUGGAGUCCAGCCAGUCUAAGGCCACCACUCAUCCGUACCCCACCAAAUCCCCGUGGAUUUGAAUCCAUCCAGGAAUGAUGGAUUCCAUGCCCUGGGCUGGAAAGUCCUUUCCAGGCUGGAAUUAUUCCUGAUAUCCCACAAAUCUCCUCUGUGCAUCACAUCUGGAGGCCAUCCCAUCCCAUCCCAUCCCAUCCCAUCCCAUCCCAUCCCAUCCCAUCCCAUCCCAUCCCAUCCCAUCCCAUCCCAUCCCAUCCCAUCCCUCAUUCCCUGGGAGCAGAUCCCGAUCCCACCCUCCUGGAAGGGAAUUCCAGAGGGAGAAGUUCCUGCAGGAUCCUCCUUUUUUUUUUGCCAGGCUGAGUUUUCCCAGCUGCUCCAGCCCCUUCCCUUCCCUGGACAUGCUCCAGCCCCUCCAAAUCCCUGGAAUGAGGGUCCACCACCCCAAGCUCUGGGGUGACCCCAAAUGCCUGGACCUUGACCCUUCCAUCCAUUUUUGGGGAAGCCCCACUUGGGGCGGGAAUGUUCAUCCCAUUCCAUGGGCAAGGACUCCAUUCCCACCAUCCAGAGAAAUCUCCGACCAUCCCAACCAUUCCUUUUCCCAAGGAAAUUCCAGGGAAUUUGCCAACGGGGGGGAAUGACAGGAAGGAAAUUCCACAGCAGGAUUUGGCGCACGGUUUAUCUCAGCUGGAAUAAACUGGGAAAACUGCGGGAAAAACGCAGGGGAAAAGCCCGAAACCGCCUGGUUCCCAACCGGAAGCACAAACCCGAUGGAGCCACGAUUUUUGCUGGCGGCAUUUACACAAAACUUGGGAAAAAAACCACAGCUGGAAGAAAUUCUCCAGGUUUGUGUCCCCCACCACAAGGCCGCGAUCUGUGGGGGGAUCCAUCCCUUCCCGUAUUCCGUAGGCUCCGGAAGCAGCUCCCGCUCGCCAUCGUUAAAUAAACUCUUCUGUACAAUGUGCAAGAAAAAAAAAAAAUGCUGACGGUUCCCUCUGGACACCAUUCCCACGGGAAUUCCAGCUCCCCUCACCUCCCCAAAAAAUAAAUCCAUGCCCUCGGCUCCCGGCACGCUCCAGGUCCUUGUCCUGCUGUGCCGCCCGCGGCCAUCCGUGCUCCACGGAUCCAUGGAUGCGCCAGCAUUCCCAGCCGGGAAGCCACCGAGCCGGAGGGAUCUUCCACCAUCCCACCCCAACCCUCCUUUUCCAGGGAAAUCCCCAUCGGAUUCUUCCCAUCUUCCGAAGAGCAGCGCAGAGACACGAGGAGCGGGAAGAGGGGAGAGCGGGAAGGGGGGGAAAAAAUAAAACCACGAGAAGCCGG